CCUAACAGGGAACGCAUAUGGGCGCGGAGUGUUUCUCGGUGCACGUGUCUGAGUGCAGGGAUUGUGAGCAUCGCCUGUCCUCACCCUCCCUCUACCUUCCCAGUCCUCGAGUGUAUUUUAGGGGAUGCGUGUGUAUGCAACAGCCUCCCACCUCGAGUCCUGCUGUAUUUGGGUCUGUCAGUAUGGUGUGUCUGUGUUUCGGCGUGUCCUCGGCGUGUGAUGUGUGAUGCGCGUAUAUUAUUGGUGCGCAGAUACGUGCGUGUGUUGUGUGCGUAUGUGUGGUGUGUGCGUUAUUAGGGCUCCCUAAUCUGUCAAUAGGGUGGUUUUCCAAUUGGUUGUUGAAUGAGGAAAAUCUUGAUAAUAGGGGAAAUCAUAAGACACAGAUUUCCCAAAUCAGAGCCAAUCAGAUCCCUUAUUUGUGCUGCUCAGGCUUCCUGAUUUAAAGGGUUCUUUUCCCUUGGGCUCUUAUUCCGCCCUAGAGACUGCACCUCUCUCCCCCGCCACCCAGGAACACUUGGUGGCUGAGCCUAUUUUCUCCAAGACAGAGCUGAGCAGGAAAUUCUGCCUUCCCAAAAGCCAACGUAGACACUGUCCAGGUAGCCCAGCUCUAUCAUAGCAGGAACAGGAAAUGGACCAUCUCCCCUGUCACUGACCUCUGAUGGCAUUCAGAAAAACAUGCACACCAUAAUUAAAGUAGCCAGACAGACACAGCACUACCACACCACCACUGGAGCCCCUGUCCUGACAGUGAUUCGUCAGAGACUGGCAUGCUGUCCCGCUUGGGUGAUCUGCUCUUCUACACUAUUGCUGAGGGACAGGAACGAAUCCCUCUCCACAAGUUCACUACUGCACUGAGGGCCACUGGACUGCAGACAUCAGAUCCCCGGCUCCGGGACUGCAUGAGCCAGAUGCGCCGCAUGGUGCGAGAGUCCAGCAGUGGUGGCCUCUUGGACCGAGAUCUCUUCCGAAAGUGUGUGAGCAGCAACAUUGUGCUCCUGACCCAGGCAUUCCGAAAGAAGUUUGUCAUUCCUGAUUUUGAGGAGUUCACGGACCAUGUGGAUCGCAUCUUUGAAGAUGCCAAAGAGCUCUCUGGAGGCAAAGUGGCAGCCUACAUCCCUCAGCUGGCCAAGUCAAAUCCAGACCUGUGGGGCGUCUCCCUGUGCACUGUGGAUGGUCAGCGGCACUCCGUGGGCCACACCAAGAUCCCCUUCUGCCUGCAGUCCUGUGUGAAGCCCCUCACCUAUGCCAUCUCUGUAAGCACCCUGGGCACUGACUACGUGCACAAGUACGUGGGCAAGGAGCCCAGCGGUCUGCGCUACAACAAGCUCUCCCUCAAUGAGGAAGGAAUCCCCCAUAACCCCAUGGUCAAUGCUGGUGCCAUUGUUGUGAGCAGCCUGAUCAAGAUGGACUGUAACAAAGCAGAGAAGUUUGAUUUUGUGUUGCAGUAUCUGAACAAAAUGGCUGGGAAUGAAUACAUGGGUUUCAGCAAUGCCACAUUCCAGUCAGAGAAGGAAACAGGGGAUCGGAAUUAUGCCAUCGGCUAUUAUCUAAAGGAAAAGAAGUGCUUUCCUAAGGGGGUGGACAUGAUGGCUGCCCUUGAUCUUUACUUCCAGCUGUGCUCCGUGGAGGUGACCUGUGAAUCAGGCAGUGUCAUAGCAGCCACCCUGGCCAAUGGUGGGAUCUGCCCCAUCACAGGCGAGAGCGUGCUGAGCGCUGAAGCAGUACGCAACACCCUCAGCCUCAUGCAUUCCUGCGGCAUGUACGACUUCUCAGGCCAGUUUGCCUUCCAUGUGGGCCUGCCAGCCAAGUCAGCUGUGUCAGGAGCCAUCCUCCUGGUGGUACCUAAUGUCAUGGGAAUGAUGUGUCUGUCACCUCCACUGGACAAGCUCGGGAACAGCUAUAGGGGCAUCAGCUUCUGCCAGAAGCUGGUGUCUCUCUUCAAUUUCCACAACUAUGACAACCUGAGACACUGUGCUCGGAAGUUAGACCCACGGCGUGAAGGGGGAGAAGUUAGGAACAAGACUGUGGUGAACCUGUUAUUUGCUGCUUAUAGUGGAGAUGUCUCAGCUCUUCGAAGGUUUGCCUUGUCAGCCAUGGACAUGGAACAGAAAGACUAUGACUCCCGCACCGCCCUGCAUGUUGCUGCAGCUGAAGGACACACCGAGGUUGUUAAAUUCCUGCUUGAGGCUUGCAAAGUGAAUCCUUUUGUCAAGGACAGGUGGGGCAACAUUCCCCUGGAUGAUGCUGUGCAAUUCAAUCAUCUGGAGGUAGUGAAACUGCUUCAAGAUUACCAGGUCUCCUAUACACCAUUUGACACUCAGGCUGAAGCAGCACUUGAGGCUCUGUCCAAAGAGAACUUAGAGAGCAUGGUGUGAGCAUGGAGCACGCACGGUCCCUGCUCAAGACAAAGCAAGAGCUGGCCGCACAUUUAACCCAUAACCACCAAACAUGCUACAGAGAAGCUGCACUGCUUCAGUGGGGACCAAGACUUAGGCCAUUGCUUUCUGUGAGAGUCAAAAUACCCCAAUCCCUUGGCAAAGAGUAUAGAGAAGUGCCUCAGUGGACACCUGCAGUAAAGCUAUCCAUGGAGAUCGUGGGCUUCUUCAAGGUAUAGCCUAAUUGCCUGGCCCAUUCAAAACCUUCCCAGGUCUUCACCCAGGUCCCCUCUUCCUCUCCCUGAACCAUCAUGAGAGAGAGAUACUUUGAUAAAGGGGCUCUAGCCACCAUGCACAUUAUAGAGCCACAGAGGAAGGAGGGCGAGCUAUGCACCUGGCUUUAGUUGUCUGGAGAGAUCUGCCCCCCUUGGCCAGGAAACAGAAAUUUUUUAGACAGAGAAAGUAUUUUGUGCUCAAAUAAACUUUAAUUACACAAAUGA